GGCCUUGAUAGCGUUUCCUUCGUUGCGCUCCUCGUUGAAGCCUUAGAGCACACGCUCCGGGGUCUCUUCUCUCUUGGUGUGGUGCUUGUAGCUUGCACUGGCACACAUGUCUGUCUUUGCAAUUGGACAAUUUCCCCGGAUCACAGGGCUGUCCAAUGUGGAGGGAGAGGGUCGAGCUACACCGACAUUGUUCUGUCAUGCACGGCCUGUUGGACCACUAAUGUGACAAGGACGCUUGCCUCCAUCUGCAUAGUAUAGAAGGCAACACGCAAACAUGGCGACCUCGUUGCAAGGCCUGACGUGGCACGUCGAGUACGAUGUCGCGCAGCCGCCGCCAAGGCCGUCGCCGAAGCACCUGCGCUUCGUCUUUGUCAGCGACACGCAUUCGACGCAGCCCGAUGUGCCAGAGGGGGAUGCCCUCUUCCACAGCGGCGAUCUCACCGACUUGGGCUCGACGCCCUCCUUUCAGCACCAGCUCGCGUGGCUCGCGUCGCUGCCCCAUGCGCACAAGUUCAUCAUCGCAGGCAACCACGACUUUGGGGCGUGCACCCGCGACGACUGGUACGGCCGCGUCGGCCGUAAGAUCCACGAAAAGUAUGCCGUUCCCGCGGCAGACACGGCUGCGGUGCGCGGCGCCCUCGCGGCAUUCGAGGCCACGCCCGACAAGCAGCACCGCUACCUCGAGGAUCAAGUCGCCGAAUUCGAGCUCGGCGGCAGAAGGUGGUCCGUCUACGGGAGUCCCUGGAGUCCCGUCUUUGGCGGCUGGGCCUGGAACUAUGAACGCGGCCAAGAGGCCGAGGAAGUCUACAAAGACGUGCCGCCAAAGGUCGACAUUCUCCUCACCCACAGCCCGCCGCAUACCUUUGGCAACCUCGAUGUCCUGACCGACGGCAAGACCCACGUCGGCUGCGAGGUGCUGCGCGACAAAAUGGCCAAUGGAGACCUCAGACCGCUGAUCCAUUCCUUUGGCCAUAUUCACGAGGCGUGGGGCACACACGCGGAAAAGUGGGAGGCAAGCACCGACGAGACGCUCCUCAUCAACGCCGCCGUUGUCGAGUUCGACAUGGGCGCCUUUGUCCAGGAGAAGAGAUUGCAUUACAAGCUCGUUCAUCCCCCCGUCAUCGUUGACGUUGAUCCCUCUCAGAUCCAUAGGAAAGCCAACGCAGAAGCUCGCUGAAUAGAUGACCAGAAUUGAUAAUGUUGAUGUAUAUAGUCCGUACAGGUGACGAUGUGGGAAGGGAACAGAAAAGAAGGGAAAAGCGGGCCUAGUAUGCUCAGCUCAGGCGUGGGCCUGGUUGAGGACCUGCUGGUAGAGCUGCUGGGUGGGCAGCAUGUCGGCCGGCCGCUUGACGAGCCACAUGACCGACUUUGACGCGCCCACAGCGCCAUUACCUCCGUCGUUGUACAUCUGCACCGCCCAAGCAGUCUGUCCGGCGGGCAGGAAGCCCGG